UGGCAGCGUCAUUUCAACCCCCAAAAUGACCUAUAAAUUCCUUGCCAACGGUGCUCUUUCUUGCAACCAGCAAGCCGCUGCUUUUCCCAUCUCCCGGUCGAUCCCAAUCCCAAGUAGUAAGCCCGGCCCAAAUGGCCUCUCGCGGGUUCAUCUCUUCGAGGGCGCUGCAGAUGGCGGCGGCAGCGCUGAUCGUCCUGAGCCUGGCGCGGCCGUCGCUGUGCCAGCAGCGCCGGGAGCUCGAGCUGGCGGAGAUCCCGGCCGGCGACCAGCUCACGUACCACGGCGGCGCCGUGCUGAGCGGCGACAUCCCCGUCUCCAUCGUCUGGUACGGGAUGUUCUCGCCCGAGAAGAAGGCCAUCGUCGUCGACUUCAUCGAGUCGCUCACGUCCAAGCCCGCCUCCGCGACGCCCUCGGUCGCGCAGUGGUGGGCCACCAUCCGCAAGGUCUACCUGUCCAACGCCGCCGCGGCCGGCGGCGACACGCGCGUGCUUCUCGCCAGCCAGGCCGCCGACGAGCAGUACUCCCUCGGCAAGUCCCUGACGCUGGACCAGGUGUUCCAGCUCGCGGCGGGUGCGGCGCCCCGGAAGGGCGCGCUGGUGCUGGUGCUCAUGGACGCGGACGUCGUCGUCGAGGGCUUCGGCAGCGUGCGGUGCGGCCUCCACGGCGCCGACGCGGGCGCCGGCUACGUCUACGCGUGGGCGGGCGACGCCGAGCGGCAGUGCCCCGGGCAGUGCGCGUGGCCGUUCGCGAGGCCGUCCUACGGGCCGAAGGACAAGCCGCUGGCCGCGCCCAACGGCGCCGUCGGCGUCGACGGCAUGAUGGUGACGCUCGCCAGCAUGGUGGCGGGCGCGGUGACCAACCCGUUCCGCGACGCCUACUACCAGGGCGAGAAGGACGCCGCGCUGGAGGCCUGCACGGCGUGCGCCGGGGUGUACGGCAGCGGCUCGUACCCCGGGUACGCCGGCGACGUGCUCGUCGACAAGGCCACCGGAGGCAGCUACAACGCCGUCGGCGCCGGAGGCCACAAGUACCUGCUCCCCGCCGUCUACGACGCCGCCAAGCCUGGGUGCUCUACUUUGGUGUAGAUCCAGCGCACAAGGCAGCAAGAUUUGCAGU